UCGGUCGAUCAAUAAUAGUGUCUCUCUCUCUCUCUCUCUCCCCUCUGUAAAAACUUUACCACCCGACAGAGACAGAACAAUCCUGUUCCAUCUCGUGCGAUUCCUCGCACGUUCCCUCCUUCCCUCCUUCUUCUUCCUCGGACAGUCGUCGUAGGCGCGCCCCACUGAUCCGCCAACGCAACGAGGCGAAAUCCCCAGAUGGCUCCUCACGGCGACGGAUCGGGCGCUGCGGAGGAAGCCGCGGCCGGCGGAGCCGAGAAGCGUCCUGUUUCGACCAUCGUCAUCUUGAUCGCUAUGCAAACUGAAGCGCUUCCGGUGGUCAACAGGUUUCAGCUCGUCGAGGAUCAGGACUCCUUAUUCCCUAAGGGUGUCCCUUGGGUUCGUUACCAUGGUACUUACAAAGACUUGAACAUAAAUUUGAUCUGGCCAGGAAAAGAUCCUUCAUCUGGGGUCGAUAGUGUUGGCACAAUUUCUGCAUCCUUGGUGACUUAUGCUUCUAUUCAGGCAUUGCAGCCUGACCUAAUCAUAAAUGCCGGUACCGCUGGUGGCUUCAAGGCUAAAGGAGCGAGCAUCAGCGACGUGUUUCUGGCAUCUGAGGUUGCUUUCCAUGAUAGAAGAAUACCAAUCCCAGUUUUUGAUCUGUAUGGAGUUGGGUUGCGACCAGCAUUUUCAACACCAAAUCUUGUAAAAGAGCUCAACUUGAAGGUUGGUAAGAUGUCAACUGGAGACUCUCUGGACAUGUCCCAACAAGAUGAAGCAACAAUCUUUGCAAAUGAUGCGACACUCAAAGAUAUGGAGGGUGCAGCUGUUGCUUAUGUAGCCGAUAUCUUGAAAGUUCCUGCAAUAUUCGUAAAAGCAGUGACCGACAUUGUGGACGGUGACAAACCGACUGCGGAGGAAUUCUUGCAAAAUUUGGCAGCGGUUACUGCUGCCCUCGAUCAGACUGUCUGUCAAGUCGUCGAAUUCAUCAAUGGGAAGUGCCUUUCUGACCUCUGAGGCAUUAAUCGAUGUGGAACUUAUCGAUUUUUAUGUAGAUGACAUAAAUGCGUGCCUGUUAGAAUUCAGCUUCACACAGCUAUUCAAGUUGAGCGACUGAGGAUGGUGUGCACAGGAACAUACUACUAGAUGCUUCAUGUUUCAUAUGUCCAAAGGCCAAUUUGUACGAUCGAAUCAUUUGCUAUAUAUGCUGGGCAGACUUAUUCUCUCUUGAAUUAUCUGUACAAGUUGCAUCUGGACAUUUCUGUGGUUUGGUCGCAGUAAUGUUUCAAAUGACAACAGUCACAUGGGGUUCAAAAAGUAAUUUGCCUUCUUCAGUUUAAGUAAUGGAAUCGCCGCCCGGCUUUGACA